GCUCCCAGUGCCACUCGAGAAACUCUGCGACAGCAUCCAACAGCGCCGUCGCACCGUCGCACCGUUGGGCCAACCGCAGCCAUGCUCAGAUCCUGCCGGCCAACAUGGCUAUUAAAGCGGACCCGCCAGCCAUGGAGCCCGAAUAGAGCCAGCCACCUGUCGCUUCCGGCGAGGACGCUCGCAACCGCCGUCGGCCCAGGACUGAGAGUCCGCAAACCCUCAAGUGCGCCCAAGGAGCCGACAGAACGCGAUAAGAUAACAACUCUCUCUAAUGGCAUUCGCGUGGCCUCGGAGGACCUGCCCGAUGCCUUCUCGGGGGUCGGCGUCUAUAUCGACGCCGGAUCCCGGUACGAAAACGACUCGCUGCGUGGUGCGAGCCACAUUAUGGAUCGGCUAGCCUUCAAGUCUACGGGCUCGCGGUCCGCGGAUGACAUGAUAGAGACGGUCGAGAAACUGGGCGGAAACAUUCAGUGCGCUUCCUCCAGAGAGUCGAUGAUGUAUCAGGCGGCAACUUUCAACUCGGCCAUCCCAACGACAGUCGGCCUGUUAGCCGAAACGAUCCGCGACCCGAAACUCGCCGACGAGGAGAUAGAGCAACAGAUCGAGACGGCUGAUUAUGAAGUGAGAGAGAUCUGGUCCAAGCCCGAGCUGAUUCUGCCGGAGCUGGUGCAUACGGCUGCCUUCAAGGAUAACACGCUGGGGAACCCAUUGCUCUGCCCGCAGGAGAGGUUAGGAGCCAUCAACCGGGAUGUCAUCCAGGCGUACAGGGACACCUUUUACAGGCCGGAGCGGAUCGUGGUUGCAUUUGCUGGGGUGCCGCACGAUGAAGCCGUCAGACUGGCCGAGCGUUACUUUGGGGAUAUGAAGGACUCAGACGCUGCGCUCUCGAGGACAGGGUCAGAAACAUCGCUGGAUUCGGCGGUGUCAGACUCGAGCGCGACAUCCACUACCUCGUCUUCCUCGCCCGACUCCGGCCUGUUUUCGAAGAUCCCUUUCCUCAAGAACCUCUCCUCGUCCAACUCCGCCUAUUCCACCGCUAUCACUCCCAUCUCAGCUGAGGAUUUGAGCCGUCCGGCACACUACACUGGCGGUUUCCUCUCCCUCCCGCCGCAGCCCCUCCCCCUAAACCCCAAUCUACCAACCUUCACACACAUCCAGCUCGCGUUCGAGGGCCUUCCCAUCUCGUCCGAAGACAUCUACGCGCUGGCCGCGCUGCAGACGCUCCUCGGCGGCGGCGGCUCCUUCUCGGCCGGCGGGCCGGGCAAGGGCAUGUACUCGCGGCUGUACACCAACGUGCUGAACCAGCACGGCUGGGUCGAGUCGUGCGUCGCCUUCAACCACUCUUACACCGACUCAGGCCUGUUCGGCAUCACCGCCUCUUGCUACCCGGGCCGCACGGCCGCCAUGCUGCAGGUCAUGUGCCGCGAGCUGCACUCGCUGACGCUCGACGGCGGCUACGCGGCGCUGAACUCGAUCGAGGUGGCCCGCGCCAAGAACCAGCUGCGCAGCAGCCUACUGAUGAACCUCGAGAGCCGCAUGGUCGAGUUGGAGGACCUGGGCCGGCAGGUGCAGGUGCACGGGCGGAAGAUCCCGGUUCGCGAGAUGACGAGGAAGAUCAACGACCUGACGGUCCAGGAUCUGAGGAGGGUGGCGCGCAUGGUCGUGGGCGGCAUGGUGCAGAAUAAGGGCAAGGGCAGCGGCGCGCCCACGGUCGUGCUGCAGGAGGCGACGGCGCACGGCGUCAAGACGGCCGAGAUGCCGUGGGACCAGAUACAGGAUGUGAUUUAUCAGUGGAGGCUGGGGAGGCGGUAA